AUGCUGCUGCUGCUCGCCAGCGCCCGCGGCUCGUCGAUGCUAGCAGCCCCGAUGCUGCUGCUGCUCGCCGGCGCCCGCGGCUCGUCGUAUUCCUACGCCUACGGCAAUUGCUCCUACGCGACCGAGAGCUGCCCCUACCGCGCGGAUGGGUAUUGCGACGCGCCGGAGUACUGCGACUGCGACGUCUGGGAUUGCGACCCCUGCGCCGCGCACCUGACCUGCGAGAGUUGCGUCGCCGACGACGGCUGCGUUUUCUGCGAAACGGAGCAAAUCUGCGCGUCCGAGGCGCCGCCACCGUCGUACUUCGCCGACGCGGGCAAGACCGUGUCCUGCCCGACGUACGCGACGACCUGCGAAACCGGCGUCGCCGCGGCGCCGGACCCCUACUACGAGGCCGAGGCCUGGUACCUCGAGAUGAUCAACGCGCCGGCGGCCUGGGCCAGCGCCUGGGCGCGCGGCGUCACCGGCGCGGGCGUCAGAAUUCAGGUCAACGACGACGGCGUCGACGAUGGCCACCCCGAUUUAGCUAAAGUCUCCGCCAGCGAAUCCUGCGCCAUCUCCGCGCCGGCGGACGCGGACUCGGAGCACGGCACGCACUGCGCGGCGCUCGCGGCCGCGUCGUCGAACGCCCACUGCGGCGUCGGCGUCGCGCCCGACGCGACGCUCGCGAGCUGCAACGUCUUCAACGGCAGCGCCGAGGUCGCCGACGACUCCUAUCUGUACGCGUUCGACAACGACGUCUCGAGCAACUCGUGGGGCAUCGACGCGUGCGUGCUCAGCGAGCAGUCCGCGGGCGCCGCGUGCCCCUUCGCCGCGGGCUCCGAGCCCUGCGCGGCCUGCGGGUCCGACGACUGGCGCGCGGGCGCUUUAGACGACGCCUGCGCGGACGCCGUCGUGAGCUACUGCGAGUCGUCCUUCGAGGACGCCGCGGACGCGUGCCUCGACUUCGACCGCUACUUCAUCGCGUGCGGCUACAACCAGCUCUCCGAGUCGGCCGCGGACGCGUUGAAGCGCGGCGCGCGCGACGGCCGGGGCGGCAGGGGCAUCGCGCGGCCCGGCGCGACGGGAGCGUUCGUCUACGUCUUCGCCGCGGGCAACGAGUACGGCUCGGGCGACGACGUCAACUACGAGGGCUACCUCAACUCGCGCUACACGAUCUCCGUCGGCGCCGUCGGCAAGCUCCAGAAGCACGCGUCCUACUCGUCGGUGGGCGCGCCCGUCACCAUCGCGGCGCCCGGCGGCGACGAGGAGUUCGUCCACAACAUGGUCACGGCGUUCCCGGUCGCAUCGGGCCGCGCGGACGACUGCGGCGACGCCACCGUGGGCACGUCCUUCGCGACGCCCCUGGUCGCCGGCGUCGUCGCGCUCAUGCUCGAGGCGAACCCGGAGCUAGGGUGGAGAGACGUCCAGGGCAUCUUCGCCAACACGUCGAAACAAGUCGACGCGGACGACGACGACUGGGCGACGAACGCCGCGGGCGUGACACACAGCUACAAGUACGGCUUCGGUCUCGUCGACGCGGACGCGGCCGUCGCGGCGGCCGGGGACUGGGACCCGUACCCGCGCGAGUUCGCGCGCGCGGUCAAGACGGCGGUCCGCGCGCCCAUUGUGGACUGCGCCAACGGCACGGAGACGUGGGUGUCGUCGGAGCUCGGCCCGGUCAACGCGUCGGCGACGGCCGUCGUCGAGCACGUCGCCGUCCUGCUCACCGUCGAGCACCCCUACCGCGGCGACCUGCGCGUCGAGCUCGAACGGAACGGCGUCACGUCGACGCUCGCCUGGGAGCGGCCCGAGGGCGGCAAGCGGUUCAGCGACUGGAAAUUCACGACGCUGCGCCACUGGGGCGAGAGGCUCGACGACGGCAACUUCACGCUCCGCGUGGCCGACAUGCGCGAGGGCAGCGGGCCCAACGGGACCAACGCGUCGUCGUCCUCGUACUACUACGGCGACGACUACGACGACGACGGCGACGACGACGGCGUCCUCGUGUCGUGGACGCUCGUCGUCUAUGGCCACGACUACGCGGCGUCCGCUCCGGCGCCGGUCGGCGACGACGACGACGACGACGAGGCGUCCGUCGUGAAGCUCGCGGUGAUAGUCGGUGUCGUGGUCCUUGUGCUCGUGGUGCUCGUCGCGGCGGCCGCCGCCGCGACGCGGCGCCGCGCGCCCGUCGAGCCCGCGCUCGGCGCGCAGACGGCCCAUCCGACGAAAGAUGCCGUGCAGAACCCCGUGACGACGCCCUAG